CUUACAAAGACACAUAAAGACAUGAAAGGGAUUCAAAAAUGGACAAAAUAUCCCUAUAAGACUCCAUGGUGUUAAACUAUUAUACAAUGUAACAUUCUGGGUUUCUUUUGUGUACAAUGAGAUAUUGUUUGAACAAAAACAAAGUUAGAAUUGUUCCAUUGUUCAUCGUUAUAAAGUGAUCAUUUUAUUAUUAAUUUGACACAGGGGCCACAGCAGGGGCCAAGGGCUUCUUCACAGGGGCAGGGGCCCCUGGAGGCCCCUGUGUAGAACCGCCACUGUAAACACUGAAACUGAGUCAGGGGCCCUUUAUGGAGGCCCCCAGAGUGGGGGGCACUGAUUCAGCUCGUUGCAGUGACUGUGUCUGCGCCAUGUCGGCUCCAGCUCGGCCAGCAGGUGUCGCUGCGGGCUGCGGGGGAACCGAGUGGAGAAGAGACGGGGCCUGGCCUGGGAAUUUGCUGUUCGCUUCCCAUUCUUCCUAUGCAGACAGACACACAACAUGGCGGACUAGAAUAGUCGGCCGACGCGCCCGGAUACAGCGGAUAAACCGUGGGAUUUAACACCCAGGACGGCCACGAAAGUACACUCUGAAGGGACGAUAAGUUAGGCCGAAUCGAGGGUUUUUUGUGCUGCGCCGUCCUCGCCUGGAUUUAGCAGAUAAACUGAUUGCGAAGUGUUGGCUGUGUGUCCCGGAUCGUGCUUCCCUCCUCUGCUAUCACCCAGGUCCCCCCACCCCGCUCACACUCUCGGUUCCUGGGGUGUGGAGACAGGGGCCGGGGUCGAAAAACGUGGAAGAGAAAGAGAGGAUAAAUUCCCGCUUGGCUUUUUUUCCCCUCCUCGGGUUUCCUCUGGGCGCUACAGGAGUUGUGGACCACGCUGUGCGAAUGAGUGAUUGAUGCCAACUUCGCUUCUUCAGGGCAGAAUGGGUGUGUGUCCCCUGCUCCUGCUGCUCUGUGUGGCCCUCGGGGCCUCAGCCCAGGAUGUCCCCAUCACAAGUCCUCCAAAUAUCACUGCCAAACCAACAGACCCCCCCAUCGCACCCUCCCUCAACUUUACAGUUGCACCAGCCCCCACGGGCCCACCCACAACGCUCGCCCCCACAGUCCCGGUGACGACAAUAACAACAACAACAACAACCACAACCCCAAGCCCAGCUGCUGAGGAGGAUGUUGGUGAGGCGCGUCCCAAUGCCACAGGGCGUUUGUUACCCAUCCCGGCUUCCUCACCUCCAGCUCCCACUGAUGCCCCUCAGGCACCGCCAAGCACCGAGCCUCCCGCUCCUCCCACUCCGGCGGGGGGAGACAACGAGACCACAGCUUUCCCUCCAGAUGAGCCAACGCCAGACUAUGACGGCGAUUUAUACACUGUGGAGCCGGAGACCACAACAGAACCCGGGAUGGGGUUCACCUCAGAUACCAGCCCACAAGACAACAGCGAUGACAUGCCAAUCAUAGCGGUCAUGGUGGCCCUGUCCUCCCUGCUGGUCAUCAUCUUCAUCAUCAUCAUCCUCUACAUGCUCAGGUUCAAGAAGUACAAGCAGGCGGGAAGCCAUUCAAACUCCUUCAGACUGACUAAUGGAAGAUCAGAUGAUACAGAACUUCAGAGCGUGCCGCUAUUGGCCCGCUCGCCCAGCACAAACAGGAAGUACCCGCCGCUUCCCGUCGACAAACUGGAGGAAGAAAUGAACCGUCGCAUGGCUGAUGACAACAAGCUCUUCAGGGAGGAGUUUAAUGCGCUGCCAGUCUGCCCUAUCCAGGCAUCAUGCGAUGCUGCUUCCAAGGAAGAGAAUAAAGAAAAGAACAGAUACGUCAACAUCCUGCCAUAUGAUCACUCCAGGGUGCAUCUCUCAUCUCUGGAGGGAGUCCCAGAUUCUGACUUCAUUAACGCCUCCUUUAUAAAUGGUUACCAAGAGAAGAAUAAAUUUAUUGCUGCUCAAGGGCCUAAGGAGGAAACAGUAAAUGACUUCUGGCGGAUGAUCUGGGAGCAGAACACAGCCACCAUUGUCAUGGUGACCAAUCUGAAGGAGAGAAAAGAGAGGAUAGUAAUCUGUUCAACAUCUGCCUUCCAGAACCAGAACCACCUCCAGUGUAAGUGUGCCCAGUACUGGCCGGACCAGGGCUGUUGGACAUACGGGAACAUCCGCGUGUCUGUAGAAGACACGAUGGUUCUAGUGGACUACACCAUCCGCAAGUUCUGCAUCCAACAGGUGGGAGAUGUGUCUGGGAAGAAGCCUCAGAGGCUCGUCACCCAGUUCCACUUCACCAGCUGGCCAGACUUCGGGGUGCCCUUCACCCCGAUUGGCAUGCUCAAGUUCCUCAAGAAAGUCAAGAAUUAUAACCCUCAGUAUGCCGGGGCCAUUGUGGUCCAUUGUAGUGCGGGCGUGGGGAGGACCGGUACAUUCAUCGUGAUCGACGCCAUGUUGGACAUGAUGAACUCUGAGAGGAAGGUGGACGUGUUUGGCUUCGUCACCAGGAUCAGAGCCCAGCGCUGUCAGAUGGUCCAGACGGAUAUGCAGUAUGUCUUCAUCUUCCAGGCGUUGUUAGAGCACUACCUGUAUGGAGACACAGAGCUGGAGGUGACUUCUCUGGAGUCUCACCUGGCCAAACUCUACGCCCCCUCACCUGGAGCUGGCUGCAGUGGUCUGGAGGCUGAGUUCAAGAAACUGACAUCCAUCAAGAUACAGAAUGACAAGAUGAGAACAGGCAACCUGCCUGCCAACAUGAAGAAGAACAGAGUCCUGCAGAUCAUUCCAUACGAGUUCAACAGAGUGAUCAUUCCAGUCAAGCGAGGAGAGGAGAACACCGACUAUGUCAAUGCCUCUUUCAUUGACGGCUACCGUCAAAAGGACUCCUACAUGGCGAGCCAGGGCCCCCUGCAGCACACCAUAGAGGACUUCUGGAGGAUGAUCUGGGAGUGGAGGAGCUGCUCAAUAGUCAUGCUCACUGAGCUGGAGGAGAGAGGGCAGGAAAAGUGUGCUCAGUAUUGGCCCAGUGAUGGAGUGGUGGUCUAUGGGGACAUCGCCAUUGAGAUUAAAAGGGAGGAGGAGAGUGAGAGCUACACGGUGCGUGACCUCCUGGUCACCAACAACAGGGAGAACAAGGCUCGGGCUGUGCGUCAGUUCCAUUUCCAUGGCUGGCCAGAGGUGGGCAUCCCCACCGACGGUAAAGGCAUGAUCAACAUAAUCGCUGCGGUGCAGAAACAACAGCAGCAGUCUGGCAACCACCCCAUUACUGUGCACUGCAGUGCUGGUGCUGGCCGGACGGGGACUUUCUGUGCGUUGAGUACAGUCCUGGAGAGGGUGAAGGCAGAGGGCAUCCUGGAUGUCUUUCAGACAGUCAAGAGCCUCAGACUGCAGAGACCACACAUGGUGCAGACACUGGAGCAGUACGAGUUCUGCUACAAGGUGGUCCAGGAGUACAUUGAUGCCUUUUCUGACUAUGCCAACUUCAAGUAGGGACCUGUCGUGGAGGAAAAGAUGGAUGUCCGCCUACACGUCACACGAGCAUAUGCACGCACCAGAACACACACACAUACAUUACCAUGCAGAAAGCUGCAUAUUCCCAUCUGAUGGAUUUUUUUUUAAAAAGAAAAAAAAAACACUCAUCACAACUUGAUCUGUGGAUGGGAUGAACUGCCCGCAGGAAAAGGGAACAGAGGCUUCGGCCCGGAGGACAGGGCAGCGCAGUGGGACAGAAAAUAACUGAGAUGCCUUCUUGAAUAUUUUGUAAUAUUGGUCUUGUUAAUACAGCCCUUCACCCCUAUUUGCUUCCCAUCCCCCCCACCCCCCCCAUAUGUAUAUAUACUUACUGUGUUGCAUCUUAUUACUUUGGUUUCAGACACAGUUUUGAGUUUGGCUGCAUUUUCGGGUGGCACCUAUAAUGUAUUUUAUUGGUAUAUAAAUAUAUAUAAAUAUAUAAAUAUAUUUGAAUAUAAAGCUUAUGCUUUGGAGGCUAAUGUAAAAAUCCAGAGUCAAGGUAAUGAUGUUCGGAUUUUUUUUUUUUUUUUUUACUUUUUAGACACGGAAAACUUAAAAAAAUGUUGGCUUGGCCAGAGCCAUGCUGUAGCUGCAGAUACAGGCCUGGUUUAGGUGUGUGUAAUGGCGAGGAGAGGCAACUGCUAGUUGUAAACAACAAUGAAGAGGUUAGCUUAGAUCAGGCAUGUCCAAACUAUUCCACAAAGGGCCGUGUGGCUGCAGGUUUUCGUUUCAAUCAAGCAAAAGCACACAGUUUGACCAAUCAACUGUCUGAAUACUGAGAUCAGCUGAUUAACUGAGUCAAGUCUGGUGUGCUGCUGCUUGGUUGGAACGAAAACCUGCAGCCACACGGCCCUUUGUGGAAUAGUUUGGACAUGCCUGGCUUAGAUGCUGCAAUAGCAUCAGUAAUAUCAGAACAGGCGUUUUUCUUUGUUAAAUGGAAAGCAGAGAGCAGAUCUUCUCCUGAAAGAAGCAUGGACGGUGAUAGACUGAUCCAAUAAUGUGACAGGUAUUUUUUUGAAUGACCAUCAGGCAGCGUCAAGUUAAUUUAGCUUCACUUGUUGAGCCAAUUACUUUAAGUUUCAGGGGUUCAAAGGUCAGUUGGAGAUCAGAAACUUUAUGAUGUAGCUUCGACUCAGAUUGACACAAACACACACACUAAAAACCAGGAGCCAUUCUUUUUCUCUUUCUUUUUUUGUUUGAGCGUAUUUGUUCAAAGAAGACACAUGUUUUCACAUCACUGUCUUCUACCUGCAGGGUGCCAAAGUCCUUCACUUCUUUGCAGCUCCAGAAACCAUGUUUAAAGAUUCAGGACAAGAAAUCUGGGUAACACUUUCUAUGAAGACUACAUCUAUAGUGCAUUAUGAGCGCAUU